GUUUGCUGGUUUUCUUGGCCAGGCACCAGGAGCAUGAGUCCUGCCCACCCUUUUUCUGCCAGCCUGCAGUCUCCACUAGCUCCUCUCCCUCUCUCACCCGCCUGUCCCUCCGGGCUGCUCAGGCGCCACCACUACUGUCCCCAACCCGCCCCGCCAGCCUGAGCAAAGGGCAGCGUGACUCACGGCGGCGGCGGCGCUGCCACCAGCCCACGGCUUGCCCGAGGCGUAUAAAGGCCGCCCGGCGGGCCGCGGCGAUUCCUGCCCGGCCCGAGGAGCGCAGAGCAUGGCCAGGGGCGCGGAGCGAGGUCGCGGGGACGCCGGCUGGGGCCUGCGGGGCGUUCUGGCGGCGGUGGCGCUGCUCUCGGCGCUCAAUGCCGCUGGCACGGUGUUCGCGCUGUGCCAGUGGCGCGGGCUGAGCGCGGCGGUGCGGGCGCUGGAGGCUCAGCAGGGCCCGGAGCAGCGCGAGGACAGCGCCCUGCGCUCCUUCUUGGCCGAGUUGAGUCGCGCGCGGCGCAAGGCGCCGGCUCCUCCCCCGGACCCCGCAAGCGCCGCGCGCAAUAAGCGCAGCCACGGCGGGGAGCCCGCGCCGCACAUCCGCGCAGAGAGCCACGACAUGCUGAUGAUGAUGACCUACUCCAUGGUGCCGAUCCGAGUGAUGGUGGAUCUAUGUAACAGCACCAAGGGCAUCUGCCUGACAGGACCACCUGGCCCACCAGGACCUCCGGGAGUUGGUGGGUUACCAGGACACAAUGGAUCAGAUGGACAGCCUGGUCCCCAGGGCCCAAAAGGAGAAAAAGGAGCAACUGGAAAAAGAGGAAAAAUGGGGCCACCUGGAGCCACAGGAACUCCAGGGGAAAAGGGAGACCCUGGUGAGCUGGGUUUGACUGGAAAUGAGGGCCCACCGGGGCCAAAGGGGGACAAAGGAGACAAAGGGGAUGUGUCCAAUGAUGUGCUCCCCACAGGUGCCAAAGGUGACCAAGGCCCACCUGGCCCGCCUGGCCCACCUGGGCCCCCAGGCCCUCCAGGUCCCCCAGGACCCCCCGGAAGCAGAAGAUCUAAAGGCCUACGGCAGCCAAACAUGUUCAAUGGCCAGUGCCCAGGGGAGACAUGCGCCAUACCAAAUGAUGAUACCUUGGUUGGAAAAGCUGAUGAGAAAGGCGGGGAACACCAUUCUCCACAAGCAGAAUCCAUGAUCGCUUCCAUUGGAAAUCCAACACAAGUACUGAAAGUUAAAGAGACAUUUGGGACUUGGAUAAGAGAGUCUGCUAACAAGAGUGAUGAGCGGAUCUGGGUGACUGAACAUUUCUCAGGCAUCAGGGUGAAGGAAUUCAAAGACCAACCCUCCCUGUUGAAUGGUAGUUACACUCUCGUGCAUCUCCCAUAUUAUUUCCAUGGCUGCGGGCAUGCCGUUCACAACAACUGUCUCUACUACCACAAAGGAGGCUCCAACACCAUAGUGAGAUUUGAAUUUGGCAAAGAAACAUCCCAAACUCUGAAACUUGAAAAUGCCCUGUAUUUUGAUCGAAAAUACCUCUUUGCAAAUUCCAAGACUUACUUCAAUUUAGCUGUGGAUGAAAAGGGUCUUUGGAUUAUCUAUGCUUCAAGUGUGGAUGGCUCAAGCAUUCUUGUCGCCCAGUUGGAUGAGAGAACAUUCUCUGUGGUGCAACACAUUAAUACCACAUACCCCAAGACCAAGGCCGGUAACGCCUUCAUUGCCCAAGGGAUCCUUUAUGUCACGGACACCAAAGAUCUGAGGAUAACAUUUGCCUUUGAUUUGUUAGGAGGGAAACAGAUCAAUGCAAACUUUAAUUUAAGAACUUCCCAGUCUGUUCUUGCCAUGUUAUCCUACAAUAUGAGAGACCAGCAUUUAUAUUCAUGGGAAGAUGGUCAUUUAAUGCUUUAUCCUGUGCGGUUUUUGUCAGCUACAAUAAACCAGUGAUGAGAUGCAUUCUGUU